AUGGCUGGAAAAUAUCUCAUCACUGGGGGCCUCGUGGUGACCCUGGAUAACACGCUCGGCGACUUCGACAACGGUGCCGUCCUCGUACAAGAUGGCAUCAUCAAGGCUGUCGGCAAGGCGGAGGACAUUUCUGACCCUGACGCCGAGAUCAUCGAUGCUUCCGAGGGCGUCGUAAUUCCAGGCAUGGUGGACACCCAUCGCCAUGUGUCCAUGAGCCUGACGCGGGGCAUCGGCGUGGACCAACACUUGUGGCAUUUCCUCGCCAACACUUACACGCGAUGGCUGCCGGCAACCGGCGUCGAGGACAUGCGCAUUUCUGCUCUCGUCGGCGCAUUGGAGGCCAUCGACAGCGGAGUAACGACAAUCAUGGACACCUGCGAAUCCUUCCACUCACCCGAGCACGCCGAGGCAGAGCUGCAGGGUUUGAAGGACUCUGGAAUCCGAGCAUUCUUCUGCUAUGGCAUGAGCGCAGACCAGUAUGGCGACGUCCCCGCAGGCAAGGCUGGCUGGGAUGCGCGAAUGUCACAUGUUGCCAGCAUGGUCCAAGAGAACGACCAAGAGGGUGUGGUUCGCGUUGCUCUCCAACUUAGCCAGUCGGGGACAACACCCCUCUCAUGGAUUAACGACGAGCUGAGACUUGCACGGGACCAUGAGUUGUUCUGUUGCUCGCACACCAGUGCAGUUCCCAAUUCCAGCCUCACAAACGACUUGGAGACCCGCGCAGAUUUCGGACACAUGCACCCUGGGCACGUCUACAUUCACUGCACUAGCCUGACGGAUCACGAGAUGAGCCUCAUCGCCAAGACGGGAGGCAAAAUCGCCCUAGCACCCGACACUGACAUCCAAAUGGGCAUGGGGUUCCCACCUCUGAGAAUGGCUCUCGCGCACGGUCUGAAGCCGGCCCUCAGCAUCGACACGUCGAGCGCCGCUCCGCCGGAUUUGCUGUCGCAGAUGCGUUUGCAACUGCAGGUGCAGCGCGGGCUGGACCACCAAGCAACCCACCUUGGUCGUCGCGUCGCGUUAAACAUGAACCUCGGCGCGCGUGACGCCUUGAUCUGGGGAACGCGGAACGGCGCUGAGGCUGUUGGAUUAGGGGACAAGAUCGGCACCCUGAGCCCCGGCAAGAGGGCUGACGUUGUGGUCAUCACCAGCAAGCGGGCUCUCAGCGGAACAGCCAAUCCACUGGGCACUGCCGUGCUGCAUUCUACCCCGGCUGACGUGGACCUCGUCAUGGUGGACGGGAAGAUCGUGAAGCGCGAUGGGCAGUUGGUGGGAGUGGACGUCCCUGCAAUCCGUGCGAAAGCCCGGGAAGGGCUGCGGCGUAUUCAGGAGAACCUCAAGAAAGCAAGACCGGAGAUGAGCGCGGAAGAAAUUGAAGAGUUCUUCCGCCAGGGGGAGAAGGCCCACCGCAUCAACAUUUCGGAGGCUUACGCUCAUGGUGUCAAGGUGGAGGACUACUUGAGAAAGCUGUGA